AUGAAAGCCCUGGGAGAGUGUCUGAAUUCCCUGAUAUACGUUUAUAACAUGGUCUUGGGAGAGUCGCGGUCCACUUGGAAAAUGUACAUGAGGCAUCACAUUGAAGGAAAAUUCGUCGUGUUCGCUCAUUUCUGUUGCUGGUGCUGUUAUACUAAAGAUUUUGUGUCAGUGAUUAAGCUCGAUGAUGAAGAAGAUAUGGUUUUAGGCCUCUGCCACAACAAAAUCGAUCCUGCUACGCCCGAGUUUCUAGAGAUUGCCAUUGGAUUUCUCCAUCGGUGCAGCUAUUCUGAGAUUAGUACCGCAGUGCCACAGUGUAGCCGAGUUCUUUGCUACAUUCUCAAGUUGUAUCACAAGAACCUUUUUCACAAAGAGUUGAACUUUCUGCUUACCUUUCUCAGCCAUUUCCCGCUGUUGCAAGAGUUUCUUAUAAUGGUGGAUGAUGGCGCAUUAGUUGGAGGUAUAAAGCGGCUUGUCAUGGAGGCCGUGAAUCUCAAGCUAAAACUCAAAGAUCAAUCCAGGAAAAUCCUUAACAUUCAUUCUGCGGUUGUCCUGGGAAAAAUUUGGCACCUGAAGGCUGACAUUUUCAUCCAAAUUACUACCACCCUCCGGAAACAUUUGCAGGAAGUCAAUGAAGCCUGCCGCGCGCAUUCCAUGGAAGACCUCGUGAGAGCCCUUUCUGAAAGGCAAGAGAAUUUUUCUGUGGAUGAAACCCCUCGUUUCAUCUAUGUAUGUCUGCACCAAAUGUUUUCCAUCUUGCUGUAUGAUCAUCUGAAUGCCCUGCAGGAGGGGUAUACAUUCAUGGGUUAUGAAAUUCUGCCGCGCAAAGACAAGGAAAGGGAACCUUUGCUUGAGUUCAUUGAAAGAGUUCCUAAGCAGCUGCAAUCCGUCAUUCAGUCUUCUAGAGAGGAUGCCUACUUCGUAGCCAUCAAGGUCCGCGAUUUCCAUUUCCAGUUUUAUGUACAGAUGAUGCUAUUUGAGGCCAUUCAACUUUUAAUGGUUGAGAUAGAGAAGAUAAUUGAAAGUCUGUCGCACAACCUGGGCCAAAAACUUUCAUCUCUUUUUGACAAAUUAUAUAUCAUGCUGAGUGUAGCGGUUUCUCAGACAGCGAACAAAGUUACUGAAGACGAGAAGCUGUUGUUUACAGAUUUGGAAGUAGUGGCUACCGAAAUGAUGUCUCUUUGUAUUGCAAUACAUUCCGACAGUCUCACUGAAGAAGAAGUCCUGGAUGUGGAUUUCAGGCUUCUUGAUUUGUUACAAAAAUUAGAGCAUUUGAACCUACAGCUCAAAGAGAUUUAUCUUCAAUUCCUAAGGUUUACCCCCAAGACUACUCCUGGAUCGUGCCUAUUCUUCCAAUCUCUCUUACAAAAGUUUAGAUAUAUGAUUGAACGUAAGCAAGAUUUCGCAGAACCUGCUGUCGAUCUGAUUGAAGAGAUCCGCGAUAAUUUGGAGUUCAUAAUGUCUACUUUUGGGGAUCUUUUUGAGCGAGGAUCCGAGGAAACAGGAUUCAAAAACCUUCAAGCACAGCUCACUGAUGCGGCUUAUGUAGCAGAAUACAUGGCUGACUUAAUAGUGGUUAAUGAUGAUGCCGUGAGGAGAUAUUUAGUGGGGCUUCAGCAUUCAUCCGAAGAGAUUGAACGCGUUAAGCUGUUGCUUGGUGAUCUCGACAAGGACACCACUUUUGAUCAUGGGACAGAAGAGGUUCCCCCAGUGUUGAAGCCGCCUAUAGUGUUGCAGGCUACUACCACGAGAAUUGAGCACGGUAUGGUUGGCCUCCUUGAUGAGAAAAAGAAGAUUGUUGAGCAACUUAUUAGAGGUUCUAAUAAGCGAGAGAUUGUCUCCAUUGUGGGAAUGCCAGGAGUGGGGAAAACCACCAUGGCGCUUAAUCUGUUCCGCAGUGAAGCUGUUAAGCAUCAUUUCUCCAUCCGCGCCCGGUGUGUGGUUUCACAAAGAUAUAAUAAGAGAGAUUUGUUGCUAAGUAUCUUAAGCCACAUUAUCUCUAUCACCGAUAGUACCCAUGCCAUAAGUGACGAUGAUUUACAGUUGAUGUUGUACCGAAAACUGAAGACAGAAAGGUACCUGAUUCUUAUGGACGAUAUGUGGAGCACGAAGCCAUGGGAGGAUUUGCAGCUUUCAUUUCCAGACGACUCAAAUGGCAGCAGGAUCUUGAUAACUAGUCGUCUUCAGGAUGUGGUUUCAAAAAUCAGUGUUCCUAAUCCUCUUCGUCUACUCUCUGAAGAGGAAAGUUUCAAGUUACUGAAGAUAAAGAUCUUCUCAAGUGAAAAAUGUCCAAAAGAGCUGUUGGAAAUUGGAGAGGAUAUUGCCAAACGAUGCCGAAGGCUCCCACUCGCUAUCGGUGCAAUAGCUGGUCUUCUUCGUACGAAUGUGAAUCAGGUGGCGUGGAAAGAAAUUGCUCGGAGUGUUAGCUCGCAUGUCAUCAAUGAUCCAGAAACUCAGUGCAAGGAACUCCUAGAACUGAGCUACAACCAUUUACCGGAUCAUCUCAAAGCUUGCUUGCUUUAUGUUGGAGCAUUUCCAGAGGAUAAGGACAUUCCGGUCCAAAAAUUACAGUGGUUGUGGAUGGCCGAGGGGUUUGUACGCGAAGUGGACUCUAAAAGCGUCGAGGACAUGGCUGAGGAUUAUUUCAGGGAUCUUGUUGGUAGAAACCUACUAAUGGUGGCCAAAAGAAGAUCCAACGGUAAGGUCAAAAUUUGCCGAGUUCAUGAUGUGGUACGUGAUUUGUGCUUAUUGAAAGCUAAAGAUGAGAAAUUCUCGGACCUGAUAUCUACUAAUGAUGAACCUUACUCUUCUUUUCAUAAUUUGGAUUCUGAUGUUUAUGAUGAGCUUUUUAGUCCUUCAGAUUCCAGAAUAUACAGUAGGUAUCGACUGUGCUUUUAUGUAAACCGCGAACACUUUGCUGUGUCGCGGCCUUCUGGUCCAUUCACUCGAUCUCUGCAGUACAUUGCUACUAGUGAUACAUAUCCGAGAUGCCCCUAUGAUGUAUCCUUCAUUUCUCACAACUUCAAACGUCUUAGCGUGUUGGAUUUGGAAUCCAUCUAUAUGGGGAGCUCCUUUGGAAAUGACAUUGAAUUGCUUGUUCUUUUGAGGUACUUAGCAGUUUCUGGUGACAUGGAGUCUAUUCCGCCAUCCUUCUCCAAACUACAGAAUCUGGAAACCUUGGUUGUUAAGGGUUUGAAGAAGAAGAUAGUGCUUCCGGACACCAUUUGGAGAAUGAAAAAGUUGAGGCAUAUUCAUAUUACUAAUCGCGUUAUCUUCACUUUGCAGCGCACUGAAGAUGGAAGUUCAUCAAAGCUAGACAACUUGGUGACACUUUCUGUUGUUUUCCUGAAACAUGGGGAGGGAGGCAACUAA